AUGAAGCCGUUCAGCAGUUGGAGUAGUGCGACGACACUGGUCGCCCUGGUGCUGUGCGCCGGCGUUGCCCUGGCCGCACCGAGCACGCGCGUCAAGCGUGGCGAUGAUGCGGUGGAGGUGAUCCCGGCCGCCGAGUCUGCCGUCAACCCGCUCGAGUCUCAGGACGCGGUAGCCAUCGGUGACGACCUUGACCGCGACAAGCGCAAAGUACCGGACCCGAAGUACGAAACCAAGAACGCCAUCCUGGGCUUCGUGUUUGGAAAAAUCAACUCGUUCAUCGACGCGAAGACGCGCUUCAUCGACAAGCUGGACCAUGCGAACAUCGAGAAGAACAAGCAGCACCACAUCGAGCCGCCGAAGCCGGUGCCGGACUUCCAGUCGCUGAUCUCGUCCGUCAUCACGCCCAAGGUGCAGUUCAUCACGUCGAAGAUCGGCUCGCUGAGCGGCGGCUUCCUCGGCGGCUCGUCCGGCGGCGGCGGCCACGGAGAUGAUGACCACAACGGAGGCGGCGGCGGCGCCCCGCAGCUCGGCAACAUCGUGUCCUCGCUGCUGAAGCUGUCCGGUCCGAUCCUGUCCGGUUCGUCCGGCGGCGGCGGCCACGGUGGCUCGAACACGGUGUCGCUGGGCGACCACGACGACGACGAGUAG